AUGGCGCUGGCGCAGCCUCUGUUGUACCCGCUGCUUCAGCCGAAGGGGGAGGCCGGUGACGGCGACGAUCUGUUAGACCAGUACCGUAGGGCUGAGUUGCAGACGCUCGCCAAAACAAACCCGUUGGUUUGCGCGGCGUUGACCGUGAUCGAAGGGCUGAAGAACAUCGUCGAGACCUGCCUGGUUUGCGGCGACCAAAUACAGGGGCACACCGUGUCGAUGCCGACCGUGUGCCACCAGCGCUUGUGUACAUCGACCUCGCGAGUUUUGGAGAGACGGAAGCGCUGGACCUUCGAGUUUCAUCAAGCCCAGUCGCCCACCAUGUCCCCGGCGAGGCAGGUUGUGCGAAAGAAGCUUUUCGAGGCGCCGUCGGACAUCGUCCUCGUAAGUCCUGCGGGAGGUGUAGAAGGACAGGUGCUCAACAACGGCGAGGUGGUGGAACUGUUGAUCAACCUCUUCCGUAGAGCCUUGGAGGGCACUCGGCCCGAGCUAGGCUUUCCGGAUGCGGUGUUCGGACUUCGGGGGACCGGUCGCAAGAGGACCAAGAGCGUCAUCGAAAAAGUGCGUCUGGUGCUGAACGCGCUGCCGUCCGUGGCAGACAUGCAACGUUGCAUCAGGGGGGAGGGAAGCCUUGGCAACGAGGAGAAGAAGAAUGACAGCAUCGGAGAGCUUUCUUCGCCGUCAUCCUUUGUUUGUCAAGUGGGUGGUGGUGGUGGUGUUAGUGGUGGUGUCGGGGUCCCGUUUGGAGCUAGGGUGGCUGUCGCUGGUGUCGACGAUGACACGGGACGUGGCGAGGGCAGCGACGCCGAGGCAAAGGAACCCCCUUCCGGAGAGGUUUCGCCCCUGAAGGAGGCGUUGUCGAAAAUCGACCAGCUGUUGUACCCCCUGCUGGAGUGGCUGCUGUCGACGAUUCACGGAGGACACCUGCACCUGUUGAAGGAAGCUGAAGCUAUCCAGGGGGUUUCGUGCAAGAAGCAGUUCGUGCUUACAGACACUUCAGCGCGAGAGGAGUGUUUCCAGGCGAUGAAGCGGGAGGCAGCGGCGUCGUCGAACGGGACAGGAUCAUUUUUCGCGUUCCACGGCAGCGCUCCGGGCAACUGGCACGGGAUCCUUCGCUUGGGUAUCAAGAACAUGUCAGGCUCGGAGUACAUGUCGAACGGGUCUGUUUGCGGCAAGGGCAUCUACAUGGGUCGUACUCUGGGCGCGUCGCUUUCCUACACGCUGGAAGUACGUCGGCCAGUCGUGAGAAUCGCUGCUACUCCUGCCACUGCGGCAAGACCCAAAGCUACCAACCGUGGCAUAGUUGCUGCCAUUUCUCGUGCUGCUUCUCGUGUUUUUGGUCGUGCUACCACCAAGGCUUCCCGUGCCGCUGCUUCCAGCACGGCUGCAAAUGCUACCGGUGCUGCUCCUGCUCCUGCCUUUGUUGGAAGCCCUUCGACGCAAGGCGCUGCAUCUGGCGGUCGCGGUGGGCACGGGAACAGGUUGAACCCACCCGCCGUCAACGCACUGAAAGCACCCCCCAUAGUUGCUGUAUGUGAAGUCAUCGACAGACCGGAAUACAAGCGGAACAACCGUCUCCUGGUUAUUCCGGACGAGCACUGCGUGGCGACGAGGUUCCUGCUGAUCGACCCCAGCAGGGCAAGUCUCCGGUUGGCCAAUGUUGACUUGGCGGCUGCCGCGGAGGCACGGUAUGCGAGCAUUCACCCCGCCGUAUAGCGUCGUCCCCAACGAAUUGCAUUUGUGAUCUUGCCUGUGAAGACCGGCGUUGGUACCGAUUUUCUUGCGGCGCUGUCGCCUGGCGGUGGUCGCGGGGGGCCACAAGGCAGCCAGAAAUGUUUUACACUGCGUAUAAUGCAGCAUGACAGUGUUGAGAUAGGGGGUAUCUCGUCUGCACAGCGUUCGGCGCAACGCAUGUGAGCCAACGUGCCGCGAUUCCCUCAUCUGUGGAAACCACGAUUCUUGAAAUUUCUGUUCCUAGGCAACAAGCUGAAACCCUUUCGGGGGGACAGGAGUAAAGGUUCUUGCGGUGUGCCCAUGCUUACAUUUAGUGGAAUGUUUCAAGAGACGUUUGGUAAGGUAUCCCCAUGCGAUUAGAUCGUAAAAGUGCUAUUUACCUAGGAACAGAUAGGGAACCAUGCAAGGUAUGGGGCGGGUUGCCUGGAACGUAUCCGCGUUAUAGAGUUUAGAUCAUAAAAGUGCUACUUACAUAGGAACAGAUCGGGAACCAUGCAAGGCAUGGAUGGGGCGGGUUGCCUGGAAAUUAUCCGGGUUAUAGAGUUGGCACAUGUGAACCCAAGUCGUCGACGGGUUGAAUACAAUUAGAUUGGGUACCG